CUGCAGGUACAUCCACGCCCUCUACCUGGGAGCCCAGAGCCGCUGGCACAGGAGUGGGCCGCUCCACCACUUCCACUGGCGGCUGAUGUUCGAGAGCGCCGACAUCACCAUGCUGCGGCUCCUGGAAGCCUUCCUGAAGUCCGCCCCGCAGCUCGUCCUGCAGCUCAGCAUCAUGAUCCACGGGAACAUCGUGCAUCCUCUGCAAGGUCUCUCGGCUUCGGCCUCCCUGGUCUCUCUGGCCUGGAUGAUCGCCUCGUACCAGAAGGUUCUCCGAGACUCCCGCGACGACAAGCUGUCGAUGUCUUACAAGGCCGUGAUCACCCAGAUGCUGUGGCACUUCUUCACCAUCGGGGCGAGGACUGUGGCCUUUGCCCUCUUCGCCUCCGUCUUCCAGCUCUACUUUGGCAUAUUCAUCGUCAGCCACUGGUGUGUCAUGACCUUCUGGAUCAUCCAAGGUGAGACCGACUUCUGCAUGUCCAAGUGGGAGGAGAUCAUCUACAACAUGGUGGUGGGCAUCAUCUACAUCUUCUGCUGGUUUAAUGUCAAAGAGGGCCAGAGUCGCUUUCGUAUGACCGUCUACUACUCUGUGACGCUGGCAGAAAACGUGGCGCUGACCGCCGCCUGGUACACGUACCGCGGCCAGCAAACCUCCGACUCCUCCGCCCUGGUGGUGGUGUGCCUGGUGGCCUGCAGCUUCGCCCUGGGAACCUUCUUCAUGUUGGUGUACUACUGCUGGCUGCACCCUGAUGGGCCAGUGCUGGGCUCGCAGUGGGGAGGGUGUGUGGACGAGGGUGUGGUGGGUGCGGGAAGCGUAGCGGGAGUGAUUGAUUCUUGCAUCACCCCAUCCCAAGGGUCGCAAACCGACAUGGUUAUUACCAGCCCUCCGAGGACCCUCCCCAGGACUAAAGACACGGGGGAGCCGGUUCCAGGGGAGAGAGACAAGGACCGAGACAGGGACAGUUGCCUUCCUGUCUUCCAGGUACGUCCCUCCCCUUCAUCCUCUCCUGCGCUCCUUCACAGGACCUCCUCAUCAUCCCGCGCCCAGGAAGGCCCUGUGAUCCGGAUUGACCUACCGAGGAAGCGAUACCCAGCCUGGGAUGCACACUUUAUUGAUCGGCGCCUCCGCAAGACCAUUCUGAUAUUGGAGACCACGUCAGCCGUCAGCCCCAGGAUACAGUACAGGUGUAGCAUGAUGGGCAGCAAAGAGGUGUUAGAAUAUGAGACCACUGUCUAAGCCAGCAGGGGCUUUAAACUUAAAAGUGAAGUCUGGGACCAAGGCUCAGCCGAGAGAUCAGUUCUCAUCCCAGGACAACCUAUGCCAGGAGCAGCAUGUUAAAGGAGACACAGAGUGUCAGGCAACUCUUCAUUAAAAAAAGAGGUUGUCAAAACUUGAUUGUAAAAUGUGAGGUGCAAUCUGGGACCAAAGCUCUCCCCCUUAGGGCGCAGUCCAGGAGUACGUAGCAUGAAUGAGUCGUAGGAAGUAAAUGGAGAAACACUGAACUGGGAUAAUCUUUGGUGAGAAAUGUAAUCUCUCAUCCUGGGACCAAGGAAUGUUAGAUUUAGUUUCAUCCUGCAUGGUCAGAAGAAGGAGUAAAAGGACUUGAGAGCGAUGAAGUUGUGGAGUUUGAUAUAUCUGAGAAACAGUUUGCUGCAUGAACAUGAGCCGUGGGCCACAGAGAGCCUACAGAGACUUACCAGGGAACUUUUAGAGGCUUUGCACGGGACAUGCAAUCAUUUGGUUUGAUGGCAACUCAGAUAAUGACCUACAUUUGGGGCUCACUACCCAAUAUAAUAUAUAGCCAAAACAUAUUGCUUUAGAUGUCUUGUUUCAACCACAUUUAGCCCAGUUUUAACCAAGGCCUCUAGAUUUCUUUGUACCUCCAAAUCUCUAAUUCAAUGUCAAUUGAGUCUAUAGAUUUUGUAUCGAUUAUUGUUUGUUAUUUAGCAAGGAGAGAGGGAUAACAUUUUACAUUUGUGUACCGUCCUGUUUCAAACGGUUGCAUGUCCCUCGCAAACUUCGGUAACAAACCUUCAAGCAUUCUGUUGGUGGUGUCUAAAGAGAAAUGUACUCUCAUACAUUUAACUUUAGUCUCAUGACACCAAGAGAACCCAUUAAAUAUAGGCUCACAAGUCCAUAUGGUUUCUGAAAAAGCCUGAGAUUCAAGUGAUAAUGGUCACCCAUCCAUAUGUGAUUGAAAAAAAAAGCCAUCGCAAAAGUCCUACUGUUUACAUCCCAGCUGCUCUGUCCCCACAACCUGAGAAAGGACUUGUUUGGGAAAAUAAAUCUGGACUGGAUGUAAAGUGGAUGACUUCUGCAAUGGCUCCCAUCAUAUGGCAUGCUGUAACUCACCACAAACAGGCCUGUGAUGUAUAGUAGAAUAAAUACAGAUGUCAGAUAUAAGCUAUUAUAAUAAGCUGUAGUUAGGUGAUGAAUGACGUUUGGAUGAAGAAGCUUCAUUUACUCGUAAGAGUCUAAAUGUCGUCCAUUUUUCUUGGAAAACAUUUAAUGUAAAGGUAUGAAGGGAAUCAUGAACAACCUCAUUAUGCUAUGAAAACAUUUUCCAGUGUUUUGUUUUUGGACAGAACAGAAGCUGAUGAAAUUAGCUUAUAACCAUGUCAUCAAACCUUGAGGACUCGAAAAGGUUUGUUAAAACGUGGAUGCAUCCUACAGUAACAACACUAGGAUUCAUCUAGUAAGCAGUUAACACAAGAAAAUUGAUAACAACAGCUCAAAGAACCAGGAUUGCUUUUUAAAGGCUAGCAAGUUGGCAAAAGCUGCUAUAUGUUGUUACAGAUAGAAAGUUGACGAUGGUUUGCACUUCUUGAGAGGUGACAUUGUUUACAAAACGAAAACCAUAUACAGGCCUUUGACUUCACGUCGAUAUUGGCAGAUUCAGGUUUGAGUGACAUAAUCUGUCAACUGACUGAAAAAUGAUAUGAGAAACCAUCUUUGCUCCUUUUAAACUGUGAUUGAAAGGGUUACGGCCCGUCCACACUAUAGCUUCAAAAAAAGCUUGCCGGCGGGCGUGUCU